AUGGCGUCAAAACAAGACGAUCCUCUCAAACACCUGCAAGAUUUAAACGUUAUUCAACACUACGCCAAAGAUGUUGUUGAUUUCAGUUCUCAGUACGGAAGUGAAACAAGCAUUUCCUACACUGCUUGUAACUUGUCAGGGAAAUCAAAUAUUUACCCGGGCUAUGGAGAUUUUACUCAAGCGUGCGUGUUUAGGACAUAUGGCCCUUGGUGGCGCCAGGCUCCAUCUGCCUGUAGAGUGUACAAGAAGACACGAAGAGCGUACUGCAGUAUGGAUUUCAUAGAAUUAUCAUUUGAGCAGAAAGUGUAUCCGAUUCGACUGGAUGUGUACGAGACCUACCAUCCUGGAGCAGUGGUCAAGAUAAUGGCAUGUGAUACAACAGCUGGUACUGAUGUAGACACGGGAAAAGUCACAUGGGUGACUCUGUGGUCGGACACUCCCACACAGAUAGAGAUGCGACCACGAGUCUUCUCUCCACCUCUCAACACUGUCAACUUUGCUACAGACCUGAUCCGCCUGGAGCUAUGUCAUGAGAAGCUGCAGUACUACACCGAGCUGGAUGCCGUUAUCAUCCUGAUCCGCCUGGAGCUAUGUCAUGAGAAGCUGCAGUACUACACCGAGCUGGAUGCUGUUAUCAUCCUGAUCCGCCUGGAGCUAUGUCAUGAGAAGCUGCAGUACUACACCGAGCUGGAUGCUACAUCUGUAUUCUUGUUAAACCGUGUGAUAUCUGUCUAUUGCAGCCUGAUCCGCCUGGAGCUAUGUCAUGAGAAGCUGCAGUACUACACCGAGCUGGAUGCUGUUAUCCUACAGGGUAUCUCUGACAAGGAUCAAUACCAGGCCUGGGCAGCUACCAACAAGAUUCUCACCCAAUCCUUGGAGAGGCUGGAGCUGAGAGACACACAUGUCACAGAGACAACCAAUGAGAGCUGGAAACCUGUACUGAAUGGAUACUUCGGUUGUUUACCUGAGGAGGUCAUUCAGCUCAUCCUGAGUUAUCUGGACACACCCUCUAUAUGUUGUGCCUCUCAGACAUGCAAGUUGCUGCGACAGCACUGCUACGACCCCCUUCUGUAUACUGAGGUCAACCUGCAGCCACACUGGCCCCAGGUAUCGGAUGAGGUGUUAGACAGUCUACAGUGUCGGUGUUACAUGAUACAGAGGCUCAACCUGUCCUGGUGUGGCAAGAACGGCCCGAUCUCCACUAUAGCAUUAACAAGAUUUCUUGGUGUCUGUGGGCAGACAUUGUCCAGUUUGGGUCUGUCUUGCUGUCAGUUUGUGACUGGUGAAUAUCUUAGCCUGAUCGCAGAAAACUGUCCGCAACUUACAGUGCCUGUGUCAAAGAAAAUUACAUUUUGCAUGAUGGAACUGACCAAGAUUACCAAGCUGCAGAAGUUGAAUCUGUACCGAACCUUCGUGGAACUGACCCCACUUCUCAACAUCAUAUAUUCCUGUCCCGAUCUCCAGCACCUAAACAUCGGCUCCUGUAGCCGCAUCUCCAGUCACGACGAUGUUGCUGCUGCUCUGGGGAAGUUCUCAAAGAAACUACGAUCUCUUGAUCUCUGGCGUUCUCGAAAGAUCUCAUACAUCGGACUUCAAGCUAUUGCAAACAACUGCUUUGAAUUGGAGGAGCUGGAUAUAGGCUGGUGCACUGACCUCCACUCCAGCACUGGGUGUCUCGUCAGCCUAGUGGAGAAGUGUAAGAAACUACGCAAGCUCUUCCUCACUGCCAACAGGACUGUAUGUGAUGUGGACCUUCUGGCCAUAGCUAAGAACUUGGCCAAUCUGGAACAGCUGGACAUUCUGGGCACAAGGGAGGUAACAGCUGAUGCAGCUGUAAGGGUGCUGGAGAACUGUAAGAAGCUGCGGUUCUUCGAUGUGUCAUUCUGUGCCGGCCUGGACAACGUGGUCGUGGAAGGCUGGAGGAAAGUCUACCCCAACAUUGCAAUAAAGAAGAGUUUCCAGUCCUAGAUUUCUACCUCACUACUGGCAAAACAGAGCCAUCUUAAACCUCGUGUAUGCUCUUAAAUUCCUUGUUAUUUUGAUUUUUCCUAUGAUGUUAUACCUUGAAAGUAUUACACUGUCAGCAAGACAUCUUAAUUAAACAGAGAUUUAUGUUUAACUCAGCUAUCCAUGACCAAAACAGAUCUUAGAAAUGAAAUAGUCUAUGCUUAUUUACAUCUCUACUCUGUCAGUGAAGUAGAGCAAGUUCCACGAUGGUCUUGUUGGUUAAUUAUGUGUUGUAUAAAGAGUUUUACUCUUGAGUGUGUUCAGUGAAACCUUUAUAACUCAAUGUCAUCAGGUAGGGCUGGGACGGGUAGGAAAAAAUGGAAUCGAGUACCCAAAUGUACUUACUCGAAUCAGAAUCGAGUACCCAAAUGUACUUACCCAAAUCGGAAUCGAGUACUCGGAAAUGUAAGGAAUACACAGCGCUUCAGUCAACUUUCUGAAUAUUCAAUCACAAUUUGACAGAGUAUUAUAGAAAACUUGAAUAGAUGGCAAUACAACAUUAAAACUGUUCUUAGGCUUUAUCUGUAUAAUCAAUAUAAAGCUGUUGGCAUCCUUCUGUCUCGUGAGACAAUGGUGAAUCUGCACCCAGGUCAAUCUGUGGUCGUGUUGCAGUGCCGGCUGUGGCUGUAGAGUCUGAUGCGGGAUCGGCAGCUCCGCUGACACUUCCUGCAGGUGUUCAGCAACAUGAAAUCUUCUUGUCGUUUUCAUAAAACCUUGUGUCCGACAGCGGUCGCCGUGCUAGCAGUAAGUGCGGUGUUACGUAACGCCCUCUAACACCAAGGAAGAUAACUCUUCACAUCACAGUCAAACACCUAAGUCAUGGGUUGGUCAAAGGGAGGCAACUCUUGACGUACUGUUAAAAUCAGUAUAACUCUAACCUAAAACUAUACUUCCACUAAUCGGACAAUACUAAUGAGGUAAAUGUGUGUUACUUCAAUAAUGAAAAAGACAAGUUAUUAUCUGCCCUUGUCAGUACAGAGUUCUCUCCCUUUCCGUGUACUUGAUUCCUAGAAAUAGGACUCGAAUCCAGAUGUACCCUACCCGGAUUCGAGUACGCGAGUAUCCGUCCCAGCCCUAUCU